GCAAUGUCCAUUGCAAGACAAGGUCUUUUAACAACUCCAAGAAUUAAGCCAUGGGGCUGUCCACUGGGAAACCCAAACACGAUAGCCCUGAUGCUGACCCCACCUCCUGUGGCAUUUAAUAUGCUAAAGACAAAUGCUUGUUUGAUGGAGCUGUGUAGAUUUUUCCAGCAGUGCCUAUGUAUAAGUGAAAGAAGGGUUUCUACAAAAGGAACAAAGAGGUAUUGUGCCAACUACCGCAUCUGGUAUGUAACACACAGGAAAUCCAUCUGUAAGAGGAUGACAAGGAUUCAUCAUGUACAUAAUGCUGAACCCCAGGAAUCUGACUCCUCUGCACGAAGACCAGCUAACUUUCCUCCUGUAAAUAGCAAUCACAAUGAAAACUUUGGUGCAACCUUUGAAAGUCAGCAAAGUAUAUUAUCAUUUUUGGAAUGCCUUGGUUCUCAUUUUAUAUGGCUUCAAUCAGUGUACAACAACUUCCCGUCACUGUUCAACUUUGUCAUUAAACUGAGAUGUGUCACAGGACUUUGCCCCAAAGACUUUGAAGAUUAUGGUUGUGCUUGUCGAUUUGAAAUGGAAGGACUUCCAAUUGAUGAACCAGACAGGUGUUGUUUUCAGCAUAGAAAAUGUUAUGAGGAAAUUAAAGAAAUGGGAUGCACUCUAGAUCCUGAAGAAAUUUCUUUCAAUGGUGACUGUCUCUCCAAGAAUAUUACCUGUGAUAUGGAAGAUACUUGUGGACAUCUUUUCUGCCUUUGUGACAAAAUUGCCAUUGAAUGCUUUCUCAAUCUGGAGAUGAACUCUUCAAUGAAAAACCUGGACAAAUCAUUUUGUCCUGCUCUACCAACAGCCAGUCCAGAAGAAGUAACUGACACAGCUUUAACAGCCCUUCCAAAUGAAAGAUUACGGAAGGAUAUGAAGGAACCUGUAACUGCAGAGACACCUUUCCAUCAUCCUGGUGUAACAACCGCUAAAUUAAGGAUUGCAGCAGCAGCAGAAGUCUGUGAAAGAAGCACUUUUCAAAUUCUGAAAGAAAAUGGUCAGCUAAAGCAUGAGUUACCACACCUUGGAGAAAUGCUGUUUUGUUUGGCAGGCCAGUGCUCCCAGAAGUUUGAGAGGUAUGGCUGCUUCUGUGGAUGGGAAGGAAAAGGACAGCCAUUAGACCAGCUCGACAGGUGCUGCUUCCUACAUCAAUGCUGCAUCGAUCAGAUAAAAAGACUUGGCUGUAGACUAUCACAGAGCUCAAGUACACAUGUGACCUGUAUGGAGAAUAAGCCUGCAUGUUUUGGUGGGACUACAUGUGAUCGAUUCUUAUGUUCAUGUGCUAAAGCUGCUGCUGAAUGUAUGGCAGAGGCACCAUUCAACAGAACCUUAAAACUAACCAACAGACACCAAUGCAGGGGUGAAAAAGCUUCAUGCGAACGGGACCAACAUGUCAGGCUGUCAAGUAAAACAGCGGGGGGCUCUGCGACAGAUGGCUCACGGGAAGAAGACAGCUCAGAGGAAGAAGAUCGGGAUGAUACCCCAAGAAGGGAUGUCCGUCACAGAUCAAGUUUUUAUUUAGGAAUAUGGCGUUCUGAAACAGCACCAUAGGGUCAUGGUCCACUACGUUCCCUACUAUCUUAAAAAUAGUAGGAGGGGCUGCCAGCUGCUUUUCUAGUGUUGCAAAUUGUAUUUAGAAAUAUACUUUGUAUAUGAUCAUCUGCAGGAUUGCUGAUGUACAAUGUCUUGUGUAUUAUAACAUUGGCUGCUCUUACUGAAAAUAUAGCCCUACAAUUAUUUGAUGUUAUUCUAUAAAAUUAUAUGUGCUUUAAUAAAAUAAUACACUUGAGUAUGGUACAAAUACUAUUAGCCUUGAAAA